UCUUCUUCUCACAGAUUUCUGAAAACCUUGCCAAGUUUCGAUCACUGAAACACCAAAAUCGAUGGUUGAUUCCAGCGACUCCAACACGGACUGCUUCGAAAUCAGACACCGCAAGAGCAAAACCAUGAAGAGGAAGCAUGACAAUGACGACGACGGCGAAGACAUUUCCGGUACGAAGGCAAUGCUCAGGAGGAGAAAGCGACCGAAGAAGACGAUGAUGUCAUUUGUAUCUUCUCCUCAGUCUCCGAAGAUGAUCUGGACUAAGAGCAACGAACUUGAGAUUGUUAGGGGAAUUGUGGACUAUGAAAAGGAAAAGGGACUGAGCUACGGAUCUGAUUCGGAUGCCUUUUACGGAUAUGUGAAAGAUCUGAUAGACGCGGAUUUCUCGAAACAACAGCUCAUGAAUAAGGUCAGGAAGAUGAAGAAGAGGUUUACUGAUAACCAUGGAAGAUCCAAGAAUGUGAAGCGUUCGUUUGCUAAUUCCGAUGAAGAAGAACUGUUCGAAUUCUCGACGAUCAUUUGGGGAAAGAAGAACGAAACCGAAAGUGCUUCUAACGAAAACAUGCAGGACCAAGCCUCAAAGGAUGUGUCGCCUUGUGCUGAGAAUGAUGCUGAAUCUGGCAAGAAGAAUGAUACAGAAUGUGCUUCUAACGAGAACAUGCAGGACCAAGUCCCAAAGGAUGUGCCGCCUUGUGCUGUGAAUGAAACUGAAGGUGCUUCUAACGAGAAUAUGCAGGACCAAGUCCCCAAGGAUGUGCACCCUUGUGCGGAGAAUGGAACAGAAUGUGGCAAGAAGAAUGAAACAGAAGGUGCUUCUAACGAGAACAUGCAAGACCAAGUCCCAAAGGAUGUGCUUCCUUGUGCUGGGAAUGAGCAGGGGAGUCAUACGAGGAUGGAGAAUGAGAAGAGGAGUGUGGAUGAUGACAUCUCUGGUCUGCAAGACGCGUUUGAGACAAUGGCGUUUUUCAAAGCUCUAAGUGAAAACCAACAGAGGCUUCUGCGUCGGGGUUUGAGGAACAUUCCAGCUCAAAGGAGGAUUGAGCUAACCAAUGAAUGGAAGGAAUUGCUUGAGGAGGAGAUGAAACUGAGCAUCAAGAAAAUGGCUUUCUCCGUGAAGCUAGCGACCGCUGGAGUUUCUGCUUAAAUCUAAGAAGAAGGGGAAAAACACGUUCUGCUUUUGGAAUGACUUGAACUGUUUUUCUCCUAGCUACUUACUACUAAUGGUUUUUUUUGUUGUGUUUAAAUCGUCUUGUUGAACGGUUAAGUAGCCUAUGUUAAAAAGGCUCUUCGGCUUCUUUUGUGUUAGGUGUUGACUACUAAAAAACUCUGGUAACCUAAGAUGUAAUCAGAUUAACGAUCUUUUGCUUGUUAUAUAUAUUUGCACUACUA